GGGGAAGUGACGUAGGUGACAACCAGCUUUCAUGACGAAGGGGAAGAAAAAUAGCCUUACGCUAAAGGGGAGUUGAAAGAGUACUGGUUCGGGUUUAAAUCCGUCUCAAUCCUCUGAAUUUGGCCUUAAAAUGACCCCCCUAAAUCACAGAACAUAAACUACGUUUUUUAUACUAUCGAUUGAUACCAAAAUCAUCGAUAUCCGAUUUUUGGACAAAGAAAAAGGGGAUGGUGAAUUUUGGAUUGUACAGAAGAAUCAGAUUCCGGGGAGAGAAGAAUUGAGAAUCUUUUAGGGGUUGUCAACCACUUCAGGAAGGUGCCGAGACAAAGAAAAGGACGAUAUUUCAGUAAACGUUGGAAAGAAAUUAAGGAUUAACUUGUUAUAAUAUUAGCCAGCAGCAGAAUGGAGCUAAGAGUGGGGAACCGAUACAGACUCGGCAGAAAAAUCGGAAGUGGUUCGUUCGGCGACAUCUAUUUAGGUACGGAUAUUUCUGUGGGGGAAGAGGUCGCUAUUAAGUUGGAAUGUGUGAAGACCAAGCACCCCCAGCUCCACAUCGAGAGCAAGAUCUACAAGAUGAUGCAAGGCGGAGUUGGAAUUCCAACAAUAAAGUGGUGUGGCGCUGAAGGUGACUACAACGUGAUGGUGAUGGAACUGCUGGGACCCAGCCUGGAGGAUCUCUUCAACUUUUGCUCCCGCAAGUUCAGCCUCAAGACAGUCCUCCUGCUCGCUGAUCAAAUGAUCAGUCGCAUUGAAUACAUUCACUCCAAGAACUUCAUCCACAGAGAUGUGAAGCCAGAUAACUUUCUGAUGGGACUCGGCAAAAAGGGGAACUUGGUCUACAUUAUUGACUUUGGCCUGGCUAAGAAGUAUCGCGACGCCCGUACUCACCAGCACAUCCCCUACCGCGAGAACAAGAACCUGACUGGCACCGCACGAUACGCCUCAAUCAACACCCAUCUGGGGAUUGAGCAGUCAAGGCGUGACGACCUUGAGUCCUUGGGCUAUGUUCUUAUGUAUUUUAAUUUGGGCUCCCUGCCUUGGCAAGGUCUCAAGGCUGCCACCAAGAGGCAAAAGUAUGAACGCAUUAGUGAGAAGAAAAUGUCCACCCCUAUUGAGGUUCUAUGCAAGGGAUACCCAUCUGAAUUUGCAACCUACCUGAAUUUUUGCCGUUCAUUGCGCUUUGAUGACAAGCCAGACUACUCAUACCUACGUCAGCUGUUCCGGAACCUCUUUCACAGACAGGGAUUCUCUUAUGACUAUGUGUUUGACUGGAACAUGCUCAAGUUUGGUGCCAACCGUGCAGCAGAAGAGGCAGAGAGAGAGCGCCGGGACCGGGAAGACAGGCUGAGACAUGGCAGGAACCCCGGGGCCAGGGGUGUGCCUGCUGCCUCGGGUCGACCACGGGGGGCCCAAGAUGGAGCCCCACCCACGCCACUCACACCCACCUCGCAUACAGCUUCCCCUCGUCAAGCGUCCGGCAUGGAGCGUGAGCGUAAAGUCAGUAUGCGACUGCACCGCGGCGCCCCUGUGAAUGUUUCGUCUUCAGACCUGACCGGACGACAAGACACCUCACGCAUGUCCACCUCACAGAAUAGCAUUCCCUACGAACAUCACGCCAAGUAGAGGCUCGCCAUGUCCUUGUGUGACGGCGGCAGCACUGGAUGGUGUCAAGCGCACUGCCUGCAGGUCUCCAUCCCCUGGCUCCUCGAUGAGCCGGUAUCACGCAGCCUCAAAAUAGCGCCGCCGCUACUCCCCAAUCACUCGUGCAAAACAGCAAAACAUGGGAAGUACUUUGUUACUGACUGCCGUCAGUAUGCUCACCUCCACCAGUCGUGUCCUCUUUACCCACCCCUUCUUUUUCUUAUGUCUGGGUCUGAGCAUAAGUAGCUCAGGUUUUCUGUCCACUUCUUUCAGGAGGUAUCCGGACAACUCACGCUGCCCCCGCCCCCCCCAAAAAAAAUCAGGUCACGCCCUUUUUCUAAUCACGUGUGCACAAGAUCAUGAUUGCGGCAACAUGGACGACAUGUCCGCCACACCCCCCGACCAAGCACAUCCACAGUCUGAGUUGUUCUGCUAAUGGCAGAGACUCUGAGAGCUGAUUGGCCCGACAUUUCUACUGCUUGUCACAUGUCUCCAUCAACGAAGGUACCAAACGGUAUUUGGUAUUUCAUAUACUCACCUUAGCUAGUUUCUGCUUCCCAGCCAGGUGUUGAGUGGGUCCUGCUCCCUUUUUAGUCUACUUUUGGCAAGGGUGCAAGAGCUUCAUUUGGACACUUUGGACCAGAUUUCUAUUCACUGUGUACAGAUUAAAAGAAAAAAAAGAAAAACACUUGAAAAAAAAACAACCAUUUGCUCUGUCUUAUUGUUUUGAAGCUGUGAAAUACUUGCAAUAUAGAUGUGUACAUAUAUUUUGUCUUUCUGAUUGACUUUCCUAGUUAGGGCUGAGUCUAAGCAUCCUUUGGUUCACCAGCCGUACAAUAAGUGUAGUGUCUUACUCGUCAGUGUGUGUGUCCCCCCACCCUCACCCCCACAGCGUCACAGGCCGUGGGGUCUUUUUCAUACACUGCUGUCAGGGCUACUUGUCAAUAAGGGGGUCCCAGAUCCUCUUUUCAAAGACGCAUUUUGGCAAUGCUUUGAAAUGUAACAUUUUCUAAGGGGUUAGUUGAUUUUUCUGCUUUUUGCGUGUUUUUCAGGGUCGAAUAAAAGCGACGCCCUGUUGUCAUUCUUUGUGCUGCUCACUCUGGUUUCUUUUAGUUGAGCAUUUACCUUAGCACACUUCUAUUUGCCACUGUAUUUGUCUACUUGACUUGUAAAUAAAUUAACUCCUUGUA